CUGCAACCAAAAUAGGAUUAAUCGAUAAGGGAUGCUAACUAAAUGAUAUUGUGUAAUAAAUAACAUAAUAUAUCGCGUUUCUCAGCUAAUAUAAUGCAAAUAAAGUGUAAAAGAAAACGAAAUGAAUGGUGGAAGACUACUGUUAUUUGUUUAAUCAUUCGUUCCUUCUCACUCGUCUUAGUCUCCCUCAAUCUUUCUUUUGUCUUUUGUUCAGUUUCAUUCAGUUUGUCAUAAGAUAUCGAAGUGUUUAGACGUUACUCGGUGGUAAACAAAUUUGCGUUUUGUUUUUGUUUCAAAUAACAUGUCUGAGGGAGAACAAGCAAAAAAAUGUUUUUUCUGUGGUAUAAGCACUGUUUCUCGUGCCAGACGCAAUGGACCUAUGGUACGCACUUACCAAUUAACUGAACGUUACUUGACCACACGUCCACAUAUUUUAGCCUAUGCUAAACAUAUGUUUGAUAUAUUUCAUAUAUCGGACGACGAUAAAGCGUGUCGUCCGUGCACUCAACGUGCUGAACGUUUCUACAAAAAACAGCAAACUGAGGAGGCACGACGUGACGUAGCUGUUGAAUACGUGUCGUCGUUGUUAUCAGUCGAAAUCUCAGAUCAUCCAGUGGAUCCUUUAAUGUCUCCACAACAAACUUCCGCUGAGCACGAAACCGAGAAUGAAGAAUAUUCCCCCGCGCUUCAUAUUGUUCAGGCAAAGCCCAAAACUCAAAGAUUGAACAUUGAUGGCUUUAGAAGACUAUCUUCGACAUCCACAUACUGCAUCGUGGCUGGCUGCAGUAAAAAGGAUUUACACAGAAUUAACAAUGUCCUGAGAACGUAUAUUCUGUCAUUGAAAAGCAUUUACGUGCCUGGCGAGGCGCGAGUGUGCUCUGAACACCAGGAAGGCGAAGUUUGGCAGAAUAUCGAAGAAUACAGCCGUCCAAUGCACAAUAAUUUUAACAGUGAACAAAUAAGAGAUAUGUUGAUAUUACUACAGAAAAAAGUACUCUCGUUUUCCAAAUCUGUCAAUCGUUAAUCGCCAUUUGCCACCAUAUAAGUUAGAUAAAAUUUCUCUUACCUUCUGUAUUGAACGAUUGGUUCGGAUAGAUUGAAUAGGCCGUACAGAGAUCAACCCGCACGAUGAGUAACUACAAGAACUUCUGACGUUCUCGGUAUAUACAAAUCUAAAAUUUAUUUAUUCCCUCCGAAAAAACAUGUUGCUAUUGGCAAUGGAACGUGUGUAUACAGAGAACGGCAAUAACUGCCGUUAUUUGUACAAACUUGCUUUGACGUUGGCUUUCAAAACCAGAGAG